AUGCCCGCAAUUCUCAUCACUGGGGCCACCGGUAAACAAGGUGGUGCUCUUAUCAAAAACCUCGUUCAGAAGAACUCCCCGUUCCAGAUCCUCGCCGUUACUCGCAACACCGAGUCGCCCUCUGCGCAAAAGCUCCUCAAGGAGUCGCAGAAUAUCAAGCUUGUACAGGGUGACUUGGAUAAUCCAAGCGAGAUCUUCAAAAAUGCCCAGGAACAGAUUUCGGAGCCAAUUUGGGGUGUAUUCAGCGUUCAGGUCGCCAUCGGAAACAAAUCCCCCGAAGAUGUCCAAGGCAAAGCCCUAAUCGACGAAGCUCUCAAAAACGGCGUCAAGCACUUCGUUUAUACCUCCGUCGAUCGUCACGGCGAAAAGUCCAUCCAAAACCCAACUAACAUCCCCCACUUCAUCAACAAGCAUCGCAUCGAGAAACACCUCAUCGAAAACACACAAGACGGUCAAAUGGAUUGGACGAUUCUCCGCCCGACCGCUUUCUACGACAAUCUCACACCAGACUUUAUGGGCAAGGUCUUUGCGACGUCCUUCAAGACGUCGCUGAAGGGGAAGCCGUUGCAAAUGGUCGGGUGUAGUGAUAUCGGCGCGGUCGCGGCGGAAGUUUUCCUCAAUGCGCGGGAUUACAAGGGUCGUGCGAUUUCGUUGGCCGGUGAUGACUUGACGUUUGAGCAGUUUGCGCAGAUCUUCAAGGAGAAGACUGGUCAGGAUAUUCCGACUACGUUUGGCUUUGUUGUUGCUGGUAUGUUGGCUCUGGUUAAGGACUUUGGGAACAUGUUCAGGUGGUUCCAUGAUGAAGGGUAUGGGGCGGAUAUUGAGGAGGUGAAGAAGAUUCAUCCUGGGUUGAAGGACUUUGGGACUUGGUUGGAGACGGAGAGCAAGUUUGAGAAGAAGUAA